GCAAAUGGUUGAAUGCAACUUCAAGUGGGCGAAUUUGCAAACAUUCCCGGGCGAGCCGGUCAUGUUUGACUCCACACUUGCGCACUCAAUCCGGCAUACGUAGCUAUCGGCACAGCGGCGCUAGCUAGCUAGGCCAUCUUUAGUGCAAACCAUGGCGCCGUUCGUUAAGGGUAGAAACCUCUCUCUCCCCAUCUGCUGCGCCGAUGCUCGCCGGCUAUGUCUACGGUGGUGGCAUCCUCGCCGUCGUUCUCGCCGUCGUCGUCGUCACGCUGCCGCUGCCGGCCACGGCGGCUCCGGUCGCUGAAUGCGACCCCGGUGUCGCCAACACGAACGUGACCGGCAACAGCGCUUUCGACAGGAACCUGGGCCUCCUCGCCGCGGCGCUCGCCGCCAACGCCUCUGCCGCCGGCGCCCCGGGCUUCGCCGUCCGCACCGCCGGCGCGGCGCCCGACCAGGUCUACGCGCUGGCGCUCUGCCGCGGCGACGUGAACGCCUCGGCUUGCCGCGCGUGCGUCGCGGCGGCGUUCGUCGACGCGAAGGGCGUCUGCCCCGGCGGCAUCUCCCUGUACGAGGACGCCUGCUUGAUCCGCUUCACCGGCCAGAGCUUCAUGGAUUUCCUCAGGCCGGACAAGUGGCAGGUCUCCCAGAUGACUUGGAUUCCCGGCCAAGCCUCGGGGAACGUCAAGGUGCCGGAGGUCGGCUGGUUCAACGCCGCCGUGGCAAAGAUCCUCGCCGCCCUGGUCGAGCACGCCUGGGCCACGACGACGACGACGACGACGGGCAACAACUCGACCACCACCAUCAAGUAUUUCGCCACGGGUGAGGAGAGCUUCAACCCCAAGAUCUACGGGUUCGCGCAGUGCGUGCCGGUCCUGACGCCGGAGCAGUGCAAGGAAUGCCUUAGGAGCCUCCACGAUAAUGCGAAAACGGUGUACAUGGGCAACAGCCUCCGGUGGGUUGGUAUCUAUUCGGUGUGGUGCAGGCUGAUGUAUAGCGUGCGGCCGUUCUACGGAGGCCGGGCGACGCUGCAGCUCUCGCCGCCGCCACCACCGGUCGUCGAGACUCCGGUUGAGGCUGGAGCAGGGAAGAAAAAGAGUGCAGCAGGAGUCGCUGCAGGCCUGGCUUGUUCAGUUUUGGUACUGUUGAUCCUUGCAGUUUUUGCAUUCGUUCGGUUCAAGAGGAGGACCAAGGCUGUCGAGGCUGACCACCCAUUGAAGAAGAUAACAAGAGCACAAUGCAUGAUUUUUGAUCUGCCUACGCUGCAAGAGGCAACUGAGAACUUCUCGGAGAACAAUAAACUGGGAGAAGGUGGUUUUGGUUCAGUAUACAAGGGAGUACUCUCAGAUGGACAAGAAGUAGCAGUCAAGAAACUUUUAGGAACAAGUGGGCAUGGAUUAGAUCAGCUACACAAUGAGGUUCUGUUAUUGGCAGAGCUUCAGCAUAAGAACCUUGUUCGGCUACAUGGAUUUUGCUUGCAUCAGGGGGAGACAUUACUGGUUUAUGAAUACAUCAAGAACGGGAGCCUGGACAACUUCCUAUUCGAUAUCAAUAGGGGAAAUGCAUUAAACUGGGAGCAACAAUACAACAUCAUUCUUGGAAUUGCCAAGGGAAUAUUGUAUCUACACGAGGACUCGAGCUUGAGGAUCAUUCACCGGGACCUAAAAUCGAACAACAUUUUACUUGGUGAGGAUAUGGAACCGAAAAUUGCAGAUUUUGGAUUGGCAAGGCUGCUAGGAGAAGGCCAUACUCAUACUAGGACGACUAGAGUUGUUGGAACAUUCGGUUAUAUGGCACCCGAGUAUGCAAUAGAUGGAAAUGUGUCAACCAAGAUCGAUAUUUUUAGCUUUGGUGUGUUGGUCCUCGAAAUAGUAACGAGGAGAAGGAACUGCAAUUCUGAUGAUCAUGAUCUUGUGAAUCUCCUUAGUGAUGUCUGGAAUUGCUGGACAAAAGGGACGGUUUCCCAAAUGAUUGACCAAUCGCUUCACGGAUAUUCUCAAAGCCAAGCACUGCGAUGCAUCCACAUUGCGCUGUUGUGCGUCCAGUCAGACCCUAACGAUAGACCUCAGAUAUCAUCUGUCAUUUUCAUGUUGACCCGAGAAAACAUGGAGCUUCAGCCACCAGCACAACCUGCAUUCUUCUUUGGGGGAGGAUCAGCUUCCUCUUCUCCUUCAUUUGGGCAACGCAGCUAUGUGUAUGACCGAUGUGGUUUUGAUAACAUUUCUGUAAACGGUGUUACACUCACUGAGCCAUAUCCUAGAUGACUAGUAUGUCAUACUAGGGCACAUUUUUAAUGGGUAAUAAAUCAUGGAACCUUACCAUGUCCAUGCAA